AUGCAGGUCUCCGAAGUGAAUGACAUCAAGAUCUAUAACCUAAGUCACGGGAAAACAAUCCCCGAAUGGCUGUCCGACCGGAAGAAGCGACUGUUGCUGAAGAAAGACGUGGAUCUGAGACGACGGAUACAACUGAUCCAAGACUUAGAGAUGCCGGCCGUGAGUCACGGGAUCCAAGUGUCAGGCGAUGGUCAGUACGUGAUAGCGACGGGUGUGUAUAAGCCUCGGGUGCGAUGCUAUGACGUGAACCAACUGGCCAUGAAGUUUGAGCGCUGUUUCGACGAAGAAGUGGUCAAAUUCAAUGUCUUGUCGGAGGACUACACGAAACUGGUCUUCCUCUUCGUCGACCGAUAUGUUGAACUCCACUCACAGUUUGGGCGAUACUAUCGCAUCCGAAUCCCUCACUUCGGAAGGGAUAUGACAUAUAACACCAGUUCCUGUGAUCUAUACUUUGUGGGCGAUUCCAGUCAAGUGUAUCGUCUGAACCUCGAAGUCGGCUCUUUUCUCAAGCCAUUCGACACGACGUGUAUAUCGUUCAACACCUGUGCUCUCAAUCCACACCACAAUCUGUUUGUCUGCGGUUCGCACGAAGGAAUGGUCGAAGCGUUUGAUCCGAGAUCUAAAUCACGAGUCGCUGUCUUAGACUGUGGACUCAAUUCAGUGACUACUGAGACGAGCGUUGAGGGCAUGCCUUCUGUCACUCACAUCGCCUUUAAGGACGCCCUCCAUAUGGCUGUGGGGACGGCCACCGGACAGGUCCUCAUGUAUGACAUCAGAGCCAACAAACCGUACUUCGUUAAGGACCACAGGUAUGGACUGCCCAUCAAAGACAUUGAAUUCAUCGACGGACUCGACUUAAUCGCAUCAAUGGAUUCAAAGAUCAUAAAGAUAUGGAACCGACAGACAGGAGAGCCCUAUACUGCCAUUCAGGCGGACUCGGACUUCAAUGACAUAUGCAUUGUCCCGAACACAGGGAUGAUGUUUGUGGCCAAUGAGGCGCCCAAAAUACUCUCGUAUUAUAUGCCGAGUAUAGGACCGGCGCCCAAAUGGUGUGCUUUUCUCGACAGAAUCACCGAAGAGUUGGAGGAGUCGACUGAGAACACCAUUUAUGACGACUACAAGUUUGUCACCCAAAAAGAGUUGGAAGAGUUGGGGUUAACGCAACUCAUGGGAACCAAUCUAUUGCGGGCUUAUAUGCACGGCUUCUUCCUCGACAUCCGACUCUAUCAUAAAGCGAAGGCCUCUUCCAAUCCGUUUGCAUACGAAGAGUACCGCAAAAAGAAGAUCAAAGAGAAGAUGGAGUCCGAGAGAGGGGAUCGGGUGGUUGUGAAGAGCUCUCUGCCUAAAGUGAACUCAGAAUUGGCUCAACGAUUGGCAGAAGAAUCGCAAAAUAAGACGUCGAAGAGCUCUAAGAAAUCUAAACCCGAUUUGUUAAGUGACGACAGAUUUAAAGACAUUUUCUCGAAUCCCGACUUUGAGAUCAAUGAACAGAGCGAUGAGUAUAAACUACUGCAUCCUGUGGUCAAUAAGUUGUCUAAACCUCAGACAAAGUCUUCGGAGGAAUCGAAGGCUAAAUAUAUUCAUAAUUUUGAAGAGAUUGGAAGCGACGAAGACAUGAAAGGGUCGAGUGAUUCGGACUCUGAAUCGGAGGGAGAGUCGGAAAGUGAGAGCUCUGAUGACAAUCACAAUUGGACUGAAGAAGUGAAGCAAAACUAUCGCCAAAUGAUGAGAGACGGCAAUAGGAGCGAAGAGAGCACCAGUCGGCCCGCGAACGCAAAGUUUUAUCAAUUAAAAGCCGACAAAACAUUUGCUAAUAUUAAUGAUAUGAACACUAAUUCUGCGAGAAAUGCAUCGAAAGCCAGUUUUGAGGAGAGGCUCAAG